AUGGUUGCUUCAUCUUCUUCUUCACUGCCUCCUCCUCCUCUUGUGUCUCGGGAAUUUGAUGUGUUCUUGAGUUUUAGAGUUGAAGAUACUCGCAAAACCUUUGUGGGCCAUCUUUACAGGGUUUUGGAUCAGAGAGGAAUCAGGAACUUUAAGGACGAUGAAAAGCUUGAGAGAGGAAAAUCCAUAUCUCCGGAGCUCCGCAAAAUUAUUAAAGCAUCAAGCAUUGCGCUGAUCGUUUUCUCCGAGAAUUACGCUAAUUCAUCAUGGUGCUUGGACGAAUUAGUGGAGAUCCUUGAGUGCAGGAGGAACAAGGGACAGACAGUUUUGCCCAUCUUCUACCAUGUCAAAGCAUCCCAAGUUCGGCACCAGAAGAGGAGUUUUGAGGAAGCAUUUAUAGACCAUGAAAAUAUUCAUGAGAAGGAGUUAGAAAGGGUGCAUAGAUGGAGGGCUGCUUUGAAGGAAGCUGCAAGUAUAAGCGGCUUGGAUUUACAAGAUACAGCAAAUGGGGAUGAGGACAAGUUUAUCCAACUAAUUGUCCAAGAGAUUUCAAGACAAUUGCCGCCUACACCAUUAAGUGUUGCUAAGUAUGGAGUGGGUAUUGAUUCUCGAGCAAAUAAAGUAAUCAUGUUGUUAAAUGAAAGGUCAGAGGACAACCUCUUUGUCGGGAUUUGUGAAACUGGAGGAAUAAGUAAGACAACCGUUGCCAAAGUGGUUUUCAACCAAAUGUCAAAAGAAUUUGAAAUAAGUUGUUUUCUUGGAAAUGUGAGGGAAGAAUCAACCAAGCAAGACGGAUCAAUCAGGCAAGACGGUCUAGCUAAACUACAACAAAAGCUUCUUAGAAAGACCCUAAUGGAUAAUUAUUUAGAGAUAUCAAAUUCUGACUAA